UGAUCAGUCUCUCCCCUGAUAUUUACUUCUUUUGUUUAAAUCUUCGAUUACCGCAAUGAAUAUCAGGUUAUUCUUGAUAUUUGUGGUAAUGAUGUGCGCCAUGCACCAAGGGCCUGCUGUAUAUCGAGAACUUACGUGCGUGGAGCCCGAGCCAGGAUAUGCCAAAAGAUUGUUUUAUUAUUUCACCGCAAGUGAAAUUGGGAAAGUCUGUCCAACGGUUACCGAUCUGACAUGGCGAAUUGGAAUUGAGGUAUUCUAUAAUCUGAUGAGUGUGCUUCUUAUCCUGCUGUUGGGCUAUGCGCCGUCGAUCGGAAAAAUCGCCAAAGAGAAAUGGUCAGCCGCCGUGUCAAUGUUCCAAGAAUGGAGAGCUCGACCUUCCCUCUGUCGUCACUGCGGUUCUGCCCCGUGUCAGGUUAAAAGGAGAUACUUGUGGAAGUCCUCCGGGACCCGUAAGAAAGACAGGGCGAAUUUCGCAAAAAGGUCAAACGCCAUGAUGUUGUUUUACUAUGGACUAGAGUCGUCCGUGGUACUGACCAAGGAGCUGCCAUGGAAUGACCUGUACUUGGAGAAGAAGUUCGUCCAGCAUUUUGAGGAGGAGCAUAUGGUGUUGUUCCCACUGUGCAUCCAGCGUCAGAUCAACUACUGGUCCCCCGUCCCUCGCUAGAGUCGCUGCGCCGUUCAAAAAGAAGAAUGUAAUUGUAGUCGGUGAUGGAAUAGAAGUUUGAGAUUGACGUCAGAGACUCAAUUUUAUUGUCUAAUUUUUUUGGCCACGAUCCGAUCCGAUUGGAACGGUGUUUGGCCAAUGUUAUAUUGUACCUUAUUUUUGUUUUAUUGAAUUGUAACUCUAUGGAUCUUGACCACUAGUGGUUUGGUGAAGAACUGAACCGAAACCUGAUGAAUUGGUCAUUUAUAACUUAGCUAGUAUUGUCCAGCAGUGGUCCAAUUUAUAAAUGUCGAUGGUGUUUGUUUUAUUGGUCAGUUGCUAACAUGUUACUAUAGGCCAUUAGGUGAUUUGAGUAGUUUUGGAGCUGGAAAGCUGACUAAGUAGUAUUGGUCAGUUCGAAGUCGGUUCGCCUUAUGUAGAUGUUUCCUGUAUUUAUUACAUUAGCAAGUUAGAACGAUGUCGAUUUGAACUGUUUAUUAGUGUUUUGAGAUAAUUUGUCAAAUACUCAACGUGUAAGUCAGCUCAAACCACCAGUGGUUCCACGCUGAUUACGGCUAUCAUUUCGAUAGGUUCUACCUUUGUCACAUCUUGAAAGCUAUCGGUACCUCGUACAUUUAUGCUAUGCUUAGUAUUUUGUGAUAUCAAAAUGGAUUGAUUCUGCAUUGACCGCUAGUGGCAUGGUCUGAUGGUGUUGUCGUGGUCAGUUAUACACGCGGUCAAACUGACCCACACGUUCUGUAAAAUUAUCAACAUGCAUAAUUCUGUUCAUUUUGUAC